GUCUCGGCGUAGAUAAGGCUGAGCGAGCAGGCGGGAGGCAGCGUCCUCCGGGCGCGCGCUGGGAGCCACGGGGAGGAGCAGCCGGCCCCGGGCGGAGCUGCCCCGCUGCGGCGCACGAGGAUCCGGAACAAGCUCAGCUUCCUUCUUCCCAGCUCCGAGAAGCCGAAGCCCUCCGUGCCUGCUGCGGCCGCCGCCUGGCCUGCCGGCUGCUCCUGGGGAAAGAAGCCGUCCCACCCCGCCCCCGAGGUGUCUUCUCCCGCAGCCGUGGGGAGCGGCCUGACUACGCUUGCCGGCUUUUCUCUGCCGCUUGGGCUGUCCGAUUGCUCGCUCGCCACUGCCCCCAUCUCCUGGCCGGGUCUUCUCCAGCGGCGGUGGCUCCAGCUCUCAGCCAGCCCCUGGGAACUGCCCUGCUCGGCUGUCCUUGGAGGUGAGAGGUCUGUCGCAAGUUCAAGGCGCUCGCCUGGAAGGCAGAUUUGGGUAGCCGGGUGGCUUGGUCCGGCUGCCUCGCGUUGCCUUGGCAGGUGACCGGUUCGCCGGCUUUCGCUCGUCCCCUCGCCCCUUUCCCCCCUUUGCUCCCUCGCCCUGCAGAGACGGUCCCGAAGAAGGCGGGCAGGAAGGCGCAGCCAGGCGCCCCGUCCUAAGCUGGGCUUUCUUAUUAUGAGCGCUUCGCCCAGUCAAGCGCCGCUUCGGGUGGAUUUCCUCGGGCUCCGUUUCGUCGGUGGCCUUCGCUGAUUCCGCAGACCCCCCCCCCGUCCUUCAAUGAAGCCUUGAGCGCCAGGCAGGUCCUCGGAAUCCACACCCCUCUUCUCCGCCUCUGCUUUCCCGGGAACGAGGACCACCAUGCCGGCGCAAUGCCCGAGGAGACCCCGCUGCUCCUUCCGCGGGUUGCCCUUCCUCUUUGGCGCAGCUGCCCUGCUGGGGCUGCUGCCGGUGCUUCAGAGCUCCGGCUCGGAUACUCCCAUGGAGAUCACUCGGCAGCCCAGCUUGGUGACCGAGGGCAUCACCUCCUCUCCGCCGGUUCCCGCCGAGAGCCCCUCCGACACCGGACGCCCCAAGAACGUUUCCACCGACGGGCACGGCAAACAUCGGAAAGUUUUCCCAGUCCUGGACUUUCAGUACAAGUAUGUGCACCUGCCCUUCGAGAUUACGCUCUGGAUCCUGCUCGCCUGCCUGAUGAAGCUAGGAUUCCACGUGAUUCCAACUCUUUCCAGCAUCGUUCCUGAGAGCUGCUUACUCAUUGUUGUAGGACUGCUGGUUGGUGGGCUCAUUAAAGCCGUGGGGGAAACCCCUCCAGUCCUAAAUUCCAAGAUCUUCUUCCUCUUCCUUCUCCCACCCAUUAUCCUGGAUGCUGGUUACUUCUUGCCCUUGCGCCAGUUCACUGAGAAUGUGGGCACCAUCCUGAUUUUUGCUGUGAUUGGGACAUUAUGGAAUGCUUUCUUCGUGGGGGCUCUGAUGUAUGCCGUGUGCCAGAUAGGUGGCCCUUCCUUAUCAAACAUUGGUCUCUUAGACAGCCUGCUGUUUGGCAGCAUCAUCUCUGCGGUGGACCCUGUGGCCGUGCUGGCUGUAUUUGAGGAGAUUCACAUCAAUGAACUUUUGCACAUCUUGGUGUUUGGCGAGUCGUUGUUGAAUGAUGCAGUUACUGUGGUUCUCUACCACCUUUUUGAAGAGUUUGCCAACUUUGAUAAAGUCACCCUUACGGACAUCAUCUUGGGCUUCCUGAGCUUCUUUGUGGUGUCCCUGGGGGGCGUCUUUGUCGGGGUUGUCUACGGCAUCAUCGGAGCCUUCACCUCCCGUUUCACCUCCCACAUCCGGGUCAUUGAACCUCUUUUCGUCUUUCUGUAUAGUUACAUGGCAUAUCUGUCUGCAGAAGUCUUCCACCUUUCAGGCAUCAUGGCGCUGAUUGCUGCAGGGGUAGUGAUGCGCCCGUAUGUGGAGGCCAAUAUCUCCCACAAGUCCCACACCACCAUCAAAUACUUCUUGAAGAUGUGGAGCAGCAUCAGUGAGACCCUUAUCUUCAUCUUCCUCGGCGUCUCCACCGUGGCUGGAAACCACCAUUGGAACUGGGCCUUCGUCGUUUGCACCCUGAUUUUCUGCUUGAUUGCCAGGGUUUUAGGUGUGCUGGGGUUGACGUGGUUCAUCAACAAAUUUCGCAUUGUGAAGUUGAGCCCAAAGGAUCAGUUCAUCAUUGCCUACGGUGGCCUGCGAGGGGCCAUUGCCUUCUCUCUCGGCUACCUCCUGGAACAUCAGCAUUUCCCAAUGCGAGACAUGUUUCUCACAGCAAUCAUCACAGUGAUAUUCUUCACAGUCUUUGUGCAGGGCAUGACCAUCCGUCCGCUGGUGGAUCUUCUGGCAGUGAAAAAAAAGCAGGAGACCAAGAGAUCUAUUAACGAGGAAAUUCACACUCAGUUCCUGGAUCAUCUCUUGACGGGGAUUGAGGAUAUAUGUGGCCACUAUGGACAUCACCACUGGAAAGACAAGCUAAACCGUUUCAACAAGAAAUAUGUGAAGAAGUGCCUGAUUGCUGGGGAAAGAUCCAAAGAGCCCCAGUUGAUCGCCUUCUAUCACAAGAUGGAGAUGAAGCAAGCUAUUGAGCUGGUGGAAAGUGGGGGGAUGGGCAAGAUCCCCUCCGCUGUCUCUACUGUUUCGAUGCAGAAUAUCAAUCCGAAAACAUUGCCAGUAGAACGCAUUUUGCCAGCUCUGUCAAAGGACAAAGAGGAGGAGAUUCGAAAAAUCUUGCGCAACAACUUACAAAAAACCAGGCAGAGGUUGCGGUCAUAUAAUCGACACACCUUGGUAGCAGAUCCUUAUGAAGAAGCCUGGAACCAGAUGUUGCUGAGAAGACAGAAGGCUCGGCAGCUGGAACAGAAGAUGAACAACUACCUGACAGUGCCAACACGUAAAAUAGAUUCACCAACCAUGUCAAGGGCACGCAUUGGUUCAGACCCUCUUGCUUAUGACCCAAAGAUGGAUUCCGAGAACAUCCCCAUCAUAACUAUUGACCCAGCGUCCCCCCAGUCGCCGGAGUCUGUUGACUUGGUGAAUGAGGCGCUGAAAGGGCUGAACCACCUUCCACCCUCCCCGGAGGAAGAUGAAGAUGAGGAGGGAUUGGUGAUGAAGGUCAAAGAGCCAUCUUCUCCAGGCACAGAUGACGUCUUCACUCCUGGGACAGGCGAUAGUCCCAGCAACCAGCGGAUUAUGAGAUGUCUGAGUGAUCCAGGGCCUCGGCCAGAUCCUGAAGAGGGGGAACCCUUUAUCCCCAAAGGGCAGUGAGCCUUGAUAUGCACUACUAGACCUAACCUGUAGGGGAGGCUCUUGCACUCAUGUGCAAAUACACACACCCAGUUAUGCCAGUCUCUAUUUCUUUGUGUCUUUCUCUUCUCUGUCUCCUUCUCUUCAGUGCGGGAGCUUUGCUAGAAGGCAGCAGAGAGCACCUAAAUGGAACAUACUUUGUGACCAGAAGCAGUAGGUCUAGAAUUAACUCAGAUUCCAUAUCCAAGGUUGGGAAUGCUAGUCAUUCUAUCCAGAGAAGACUAUCUCCUCCUGGAUACUAGCAUGCUCUGACUCACUGUUGCCUUCUCCACUGGCAACUGCUCCUCCUUGUUUACUCCCGAGAAACAUCUUUGCUAUAAUUCCCUCCUCCCAGUUUUGAAACACACCAGAAGAGCUGAGGACCUUUGGGUGCUCAGAUAUAUCAGAUAGUGCUGCAGGAUGUCCUGCAUAGUUACUGGAUGAUCAUGUUUCUAAGAUUUUUU